GCGGCUCUGCCCGGGUGUUUGCUUGGCUCGCCCUUGCGCUCUGGAGAGGCAGCGGCAGGCAGGACGGACGGACGGACUUGCCGCUCUCUCGCUGCUGCAGCUGCGCCUCGCUUCGUCUCGCCGGAGCCAGCCUGGGAUGCGCGCCCGCCCGGCCGCCCCGAAGCCACGAUGACCGGCGGAGGAGCAGCAGCAGCAGCAGCAGCAACCCCGGUGUCGUCUUUGCGCUUCUACGCACUGCUGGCCGCGGCUCUCUUGAGCGUCCGGGCGGAGCCCACCUGCCAGCGGGUCCGCGCCGCUUUCCAGGCGCUGCAGCCCGGCGCCAAGUGGGUGCCCGAGAGCCCCGGGGCAGGGUCGGAUCUCCAAGUAUGCGUCCCAAGAGGUCUUACGUGCUGCUCCAGGAAGAUGGAGGAGAAGUACCAAGCCCUCGCCCGGUCCAACAUGGAGCAGCUCCUCCAGUCUGCCAGCAUGGAGCUCAAGUUCCUCAUCAUCCAGAACGCAGCUGUCUUCCAAGAGGCCUUUGAAAUUGUCGUACGGCAUGCGAGAAAUUAUACCAACACCAUGUUCCGGAACUAUUACCGGAACCUAGCGGCCAGAGCUUUUAAGUCCGUGGGGGAAUUCUUCACCGACAUCUCUCUGUACAUCUUGGGCUCGGACAUCAAUGUCAACGACAUGAUCGAUGAAUUCUUUGACAGCUUGUUUCCUCUGGUCUACUCGCACCUGAUUAACCCAGGCUUUCCCAGUCCUUCUGCGGAGACAGCUGAGUGCUUGCGGCUUUCCCGGAGGGACUUGAAGGUGUUUGGAAGCCUCCCCAAGGUCAUGAUGACGCAGAUCUCCAAGUCGCUGCAGGUGACGCGGGUCUUUCUCCAGGCGCUCAACCUUGGCAUUGAGGUGGUCAACACCACUGACUACUUGAAGUUCAGCAAAGACUGUGGCCGGGCGCUCUUGAAGAUGUGGUACUGCUCCCACUGCCAAGACCUCCUGAUGGCCAAGCCGUGUGGCGGCUUCUGCGGGGUUGUCUUGCAGGGAUGCUUGGCCAGCGUGGUUGAGAUAGACAGCUACUGGCGGGAAUACCUGCGUUCGCUGGAAGGGUUGGCGAAAGGCAUGCGGGGCAUCUAUGACAUGGAGCAAGUUCUUCUCAACCUUUUCUCUUUGAUACGGGACUCUCUUACGUACGUGCAGAAGAACGCUGGGAGGCUGGCUGUGGCGAUUAGCAAGUUAUGUAGCCUUCCCCAGCAGAGGCAGUACAGAUCGGUUGGGUACCCUGAAGAUCUUGUCCUUGACAAGAGAGCCAUGAGAGGUGCUUCUGUGGAACAUGAAGAAACGUUGUCCAGUAGGAGGAGGGAACUGAUCACAAAAUUAAGAAUGCACAGCGGCUUCUACAGCAGCCUGCCAGAGCGUAUCUGCAGCCACAGUUCUGCUGUACAGAACAAUACUCUUUGCUGGAAUGGACAAGACAUUGUGGAAAGGUACAACCGCCAGACGGUGAAGAAUGGCGUGAAAGCCCAGCUUGGCAACCAUGAAGUCAAGGUGAAAGGCCCUGAGCCGGUGAUUAGCCAAAUAAUUGACAAGCUGAAACACAUUAAUCAGCUGCUAAAAAGAAUGUCCGUCCCUCGCCGGAAAAGUCUGGACAAGCCGGAAGAUGAGGACGAGGCAGAAAGUGGGAACUGUGACGAUGAAGACGGCUGUGACGGCGGCACUUCUGGGAACGGUGAAAUAAGGGUGAAGAAUCAAUUGAGGUUCUUGGCAGAGCUAGCGUAUGAUCUGGACACAGACGACAUUCCUUCGAACAAUCAACUUUUGAACCAGCAGAGCGAAGAGGCUUCAGCAAUUCACAACCUUGGGUCGGACAAUAUGACGCCAAGCCGUGUUCUCCUGGCUGCUGUCCUAAUAGCAUCGUUUCUUCUGUCGGUUGAGUGACUUUUUACAAAACUGGACCCUCAUCCAUAGAAAAACUUGAAUCUGUGACCUUUUUGUUGUGUGAGGAUUCCUCCACAAGCUCUCUUCUUCUUCUUCUUCCUGAGGCAUGUGGAAUGAGUGAAGUUCAAAUAAGUUCUUUAACAAACAAAACAAUGAAACAAUAAAAAUCCAAAAGAGAGGCACUCGUUUUAGAUCUAGCAAAAUACGAUACAGCUCUUUUUAUCUGGAAUAUAUUUUUUAAAUUAUCCAAGGGUAUAAUGUCCAAUUUGCAUCCCUAAGAUGGAGACAGAAAUUUUUCCACGGCUGUUGAAAACAACAAAACUUCAUUUCAUCUCGAGUUAAUUGGCAUGGGCAAAAAGUCAUUUAAAGCUGAUGAAACUUCACCAACUCCCUUUUCUUUUUAUAUACAGUCAGUCACCAAACUGAUUUUGGGACUAUUUACCACUCAUCUGGGAAGUCUGCAGUGGGAAUUUGAAACAGCCGUUCCAAAUUUUUAAAGGACGGGAUGGAGCUCAGUACAUGCAGAAUGUCCCCGUUUCAUCCCUGGCAGCAUCUCCAGGUAGGGCUGGGAAAGGCCCCUGUCUGAAACCCUGGAGAUCCACUGCCGGUCAGAGCUGACAAUUUUGAGUGAGAUGAACUCAGCAUAAGGCAGCUUCCUAGGGGGGUGGGUCUGUGUCUCAGUGGAAUUUGCUUUGCAUGUAGAAGGUCCCAAAUUCAAUCCCUACAUGCAGGGCUGGGGAAGACCCCUGUCUGAAACCCUGGGGUAUCGCUGCCAGUCAGUGUAGGAAUUACUGAGUGAGCUGGACCAAUGGUCUGACUCAGCAUGAGGCAGCUUCCUGUGUAAAGUGGGCAGUGGUGAUCCUGGUGAAUAAAUACACCAUUCUGGGGACCGGAAUGGCACUGUGUCACCAAUAUGUAGCAAAACCCACGUCGUCGUAAGCACCUGGCAUGAACAACUGUCAACUAAAGACUGGCUCAUGGUUGGUGAUUGAGGUGCGUAUGUAAAACUUGGGGGAACAAUACAGCCCGUUAAAACAGUCUUGGAAUUUCACAAGACCUACAUUCUCUGGAACAGGGCAGUCGGGAAGUGAGGAGACCAGUGGUGUGUCUAACCUUGCACAGGUGACAUGCGGAACGGCAGGAAGAUGGGUGGACCUUUCUGGACGUUUGAAUCAGCAUCAAGAAGAUACACCAGAUCCUUUCCAGAUCAUAAGAAGAGCAAGCAUGUUGCUUUUAAUAAAAUUUGUAAUAAGCUAUUAAA